AUGGCGUUCAUGAGCAUACAUGGUGCCAAAGGCAGUUUGCGGGUGCUGGGCUCACUUGCCCCACUCCAAGGUGCCCCAGAUGAAAUCAGGUUUGGUGCGGAGUUUGGAACAUCUCUUUAUUUUCAUUACAGGUGUCUCUGCGCUGUGGACCCCCACAAUGUCACAGGGGCCAUGGAGUUCCUCCUCCUGGGGCUCUCAGAUGACCCCCGAGUCCAGCCCAUCCUUUUCGGCAUCUUCCUGUUUAUGUACCUGGUCACCGUCAGUGGGAACCUGCUCAUUCUGCUGGCCAUCAGCUCCGACUCUCGCCUGCACAGCCCCAUGUAUUUCUUUCUGUCUGUUUUGUCCACAGCUGACAUCGGCUUUAGUUCCACCACAGUCCCAAAGGUGAUUUGGGACAUUCACACACAGAGCAGAAAUAUCUCUCAUGCCGGCUGCCUGUUACAACUGUCCCAUUAUGUCCUUUUUGGGUGUUUGGACAGUGUCAUUCUAGGGGUGAUGGCCUAUGAUCGCUUUGUGGCCAUCUGCCAUCCCCUGCACUACCCCGUCAUCAUGAAUCCCCGUCUCUGUGGCCGGCUGCUUCUGGGGUCCAUCUGCAUCAGCCUGCUGGACUCCCAGAUGUAUUCCUUGAUGAUGUCACAGCUCAUCUUUUGUAGCCAGGUGGAAAUCCCUCACUUCUUCUGUGACCCCCCUCAACUGCUCAGACUGGCCUGUGGGGACAUCUUCACUGAUAACCUCAUCAUAUAUUUUACUUUUGCUAUAGUGGGUGGUAUUCCAGUCUCGGGGAUUUUAUAUUCUUACACAAAAAUUAUCUCCUCUGUUUUGAGAAUCUCAUCCAAAGGUGGGCGGUCCAAAGCCUUCUCCACCUGUGGCUCUCACUUGUCCGUGGUUUGCUUGUUUUAUGGGACAGCCAUGGGGGUGUUCCUCAGCUCAGCUGUCUCCCAAUCCCCCCGAAAGGGGGCAGUUGCCUCAGUGAUGUACACUAUGGUUGUUCCCAUGCUCAACCCCUUCAUCUAUAGUCUGAGAAACCAGGACAUCAAGAGGGUCUUCCAGAAAUUUCUCAGUAGGACAGCUUAG